ACUUUGGCCCAGCAAACCGGCGGUGUCAGUAUCAGUUCUCAGUUGCGCGUUGUUGCGGAGGAGAUUCGUCAGCGUGUUGGCAACACUUCGGGUUUGCGGCGCGUAUUUUCGAAAAAUCAAAAAACCACAAAAACGAUAACUCCUUGUCAUGGCAACAUCGGUCGGGCUGAUGCUGUUCUGCGCGAUUCUUGUGCUGUGCGCUGGUGCGAUUUUUGCCAAAAAUGUGGAUACCAGAGCGAGAAGACAGUCGGAUACCGAACCAAAACCCUGCGACAGCAUGGCGCUUUAUUUCGACGUGAAAAAUAUCACCAUUUCGGGAUAUUACAAUCAGACCGGCGAAGUUUGCGGCGGACAUUGUUGUGAUAGUGCGACGGAAUUGCUGCUGAAGGAGCAGGGCAGGAAGGAUUUCGCUCAAUUGUUGAGGCACAACUCCCGGUCCCUCUUGGGGCCCAUUAGUCGCGUAUCCAAUCAGCUGCAAAAUCACGUAUGGGAGUCCACAUACCAGUCGGAAAACUACACCUUUCAGCUGAUCGCCCAGCUCUACCGCUAUCAAGUGUCGAAGGAGCCGAUCGAAAGACUCUACCAGGACAUUCGAGACUACAUAAUAAUCGACCCGGCCGAUCAGAAGCCGACGAAAUCGGCUCAAGACAUCAAAAACUCUGUUAACAGCUUCUUCGCCUACUUGUUUCCGCUGGCCUACCACCAGCAAGCCGACACAGCGACGGGAGAUUUCACUCCCAAGUACAAACAAUGCCUGGAAGACAACAUGGACAUCAUCAUGCCAUUCGGAGACUUUCCCAGUGAAAUGGUGGAAUCGCUCUCAAAGAGUCUGGAAGCCACUCGACUAUUGCUGCAAGCCUUCAGCAUUGGCAUCGAGGUGUUGAACACCACAGACGCUUUGAUCAUCGAUGAGCAGAGUGCCACUAGCACUGAGUGUCACGCCGCUUUACUGAAGAUGACUUACUGCUCCAAGUGUCUGGGAUAUAGAUUCAGUAAGCCCUGCUCCGGCUAUUGCCUCAACGUGUUGAGGGGCUGCAUCAGCAAAUACGUGGCCGAGCUGGAUCUUCCCUGGAACAGUUACGUGGAAGGCAUCGAGAAUCUGGUCAAUGCCAUGAAGAGGACUUCGAACAAUGCCGGGGUCAAUGUGGACUUGGCCAUUCGGAACCUGGGCACUCAAAUCUCCUCGGCCAUCAUGUAUUGCAUGGAGAAAAUCGUCGAGGUUGAUAAAAAGGUGAAAAUGACCUGUAAGUUUCCGGAAUUUGCCGAAAAACCCGAAUCGCUGACAGCAGAGACCACGACCGUAGAUCCGCUUCAGUCAAAACAGCCAAAAAAAUUCAACUCGAGAUCAUUCAGCCAGUUUAUGGACGUCCAAAUGACCAGUUUUUUGUCCGUUAUAUCAAACACGAAGGGCUUUUACGCUGAUCUGGCCGAUAAUUUGUGCGGAGACGAAAGUUUCGCCGAGCAAAGGGAUAAGAAGUGCUGGAAUGGAGAACGAGUUGCCGAGUAUACGAAAACGGUUGCCCUCGUCGGUGCAAAUAAUCAAAAGUACAAUCCCGAAGUAAAAGUGUCCUCGACUGAGCCGCAUGUGAUGGCCAAAAUCGCUACUUUAGUGGACAAACUGAGACACGUGCACCAUAUGGCCUUAAGCUCUCUGGGGCCGAACUAUGCAGACAUUGACAUGCAGAGGGACGGAGUGGAUGGCUCUGGCUCUGGAAACGGUCCAGGAUUUGAAGAUGAUGACGAAUAUAGCCGAGGAUCCGGAUCUGGACAUGGCCCUGUUGAACCUGAAGAAGGAACAGAACCAAGAAAACACAACGACGACAUCGACAUCAUUCAAACUGUUGACCAGCAGACCCCAACUGUCCACCAUGUGUCCAGCAGUAGCGAUUUACGGUCCACCCUGAGCCUUUUGACCAUUCUCACGAUACUCUCGCUCAUUUCUUCGAGAUUCUAAGACUUCAAAGACCAUCACUUUUGUUUUCGCUUAAUGUUACAGACAAAAGUGUUAUGGAGAUUAGCAGCUGCAAGAGCAAUGGACAGGAAGCCUCAACCAUAGAGCCCCUGCGACUGACUGAGACUUGUAUUGUUGUAGAGUAAGAGAAAUUAAUCAGAGAUGUUGCUUUCACUUAAUCACUAGAGCUAGGAAUUUUCUCAACAGGACAGGUUUAGAUUUGAAUUCUUAUUGCCAAUAAAAUGCCAAUUAUUUUGCAUAAUAGUGCCUAUACAUAUACGAAAUGUACAGAUCUUAUGUAGGAACAAAGCUGAUUGCUCAAAGGAAGUAACCGAACAAGUUCUGGCAAUAAGAAACAUAUCAUUUACAUUUGGUCUUCCACUUCUGGUUUAACGCCGCAUUUAUUCUGCGCUUUCUUCCAUUGAUUGAAAAAAAAUGUCAAGCUACUUCGAAUGGAUGAAUGAAUGCGUGUAGAUAUUUUUUAUAUUGUAUCUUUAAAUUAUUUUGAGAAUUGUCUGUGAUUAAACAAUCUAUUAUUUAAUGAAUGUAAAAUUCUUCUAAAUUAUAUGGAAAAUGUUAAUUAAUAUAUUACUAUGUAAGUCGAUGGCUAUGUGAUUUAGACAAUUCGGUUAGAGAAGAUAGGUUUAUUACUGUAUAGAGGCGGAUUUAAAGAAUGUUGAGUAUAUAGUAGUUGUUAAAUCGAGAGAUAUGUAUGAUUUGUUGGAUAGAAGAGGGUGUAAAUAAUCAAUUUUCCAUUUAUAAUGAUUUGGUAAGUAAAAGGUUUCAUCGCUAAUUAAUUUGUCUAAUGUUUUGUGAUAAUUUUUGCCAUAUCGCUAUGAAGUGACGAAACGUUGAAUAACACUUCUAAGGAAUACUGUGGUAGUCACUUCAUUGAUUUAAUUUGUAUUUUUGUGAAUAAUAUUCUUUAGGCUUAGGCUUAGAUCAGAUGCUCAGUUUUUUUACGGAUUGUUCUUUGAGCAACCUGUUAAAGAAAUCGGGCAUUCCACUUUCCAAUGUCGAUUUUGUUUAAAUAAUUUUACUAUGUAAAUAUAGUAGCAAUUUUCGGUUUGAUUAUUUAAACCAACCUUUACGAAACCUUAUUUACUUGCUACUAAUAGUCAUCCGUUUAAUCCUGUAAAAAAUAGUAAACGUUAACUUAUUGCUAUAAAUAGUAUAAUGAUUAUAUAAAUAGAUAGCUAUAAAGGUUAAGAAAGUAAAUAUAAAAAAUGUUUCUAAAUGAAUGUGUCAAUGUAUACAACAUGUAGAUAUGUUUGUGAGUUUUUUGUGAUUUUUCAACUAAAUUAAUUCCGACAUAGACAAUUAUACCAACAACAUGGGAAAAGUGUCGCUUGUUUAUCUUUUUUAUUCCGAUUAAUAUUUAAACAUUUUGAACGACAAAGUCAAUCCAAUAGUCAAAGACACCUAUUAGGUGAUUUUUUUACUAGCAACCAAUUCCACUUUUUCUCUUGUUGGUAUCCAGGUAUGAGUUCUAAAAUAAAAAAAAAAUGAGACUAAAAUUCAAAAACAAAAUAAAUUUUGACACAUUAUCGACGGAUUUUGUUGCACCAAAAGUUUCUAAAGUUGCAUUCAGCGACUUCCAAUUGCACUGUGUAUUUUUGUAUACGGCACAUAUAGUUAUUCCUGCUUUAUUUUAUACUACAGUGUAUUUUUAUUUAGUGGUAAAUAAAUUUUUCUAACAAA